GUGGUUGACAUGGACUCUGAAUUGGCACACCUCAUGCCGGGUCCAUUCGACCAUGGCUCGGCACAGCUGGAGAACAAAGUCGCCGGUUGCCAGUAGCGGCUAGCUUGUCGGGAAAAAGCGGCGGCGGCGAGUGACUGACUACACGCGAUUGGCUGGGGAUCGGUCGGGCUUGCUAUCCCCUUCCGAGCAGCAGCUGUUACUAAAACCCACGACUCGAAGCAACAGCCUACGCACGCAGCAGCAGCGACCGCCGAGGCGCUCUUGACCCGAGCGGAGCCCAUGGCCAUGGGCACCGGCCGGCCGCGGUGGGGUCAGCCCGCCGCGACAACCUACUCCCCGCCGCCGUCGUUCACGGCGGACCCGCCGGAGGAGUUCCUCUGCCCCAUCUCCGGCACGCUCAUGGCGGACCCCGUCGUCGUCCCGCCGGGCCAGACCUUCGAGCGCGCAUGCAUCCAGGCCUGCGCCGCGCUCGCCUUCUCCCCGCCCGCCGUCGCCGCCGACCUCUCCGCGUCGGCCUCCUCCCCGCUCGUGCUCAUCCCCAACGUCGCGCUCCGCACCGCCAUCCUCAACUGGUGCGACCGCCUCGCGCUGCCGCACCCGGCCCCGCUCUCACCGGACACUGCCCGCGACAUCGUCCACCGCCUCAUGCCGCGGCAGGAGGAGCAAUGGAGCUCGCAGUCGUACCGCCCGCCGCCGCAGGUCGCGACCUCCGUUCGCGUCAGGAGACCCAGCGCCCCCGACGAAGAGUUUGUGCAGGAGCCUGUGCGGGCGGGUGGUUCACCGGAGGAGGAGAUCAUGGCCGUGCUCGGGGCGGAGGGCGCCAGCACUGCGGAGCUGGAGGUGGCGAUGGCGUCGCUGCGGCAGGCGACGCGGGAGAACAGCGAGGUAAGGAGGCAGCUCUGCACGCCGCGCCUCCUCGCCGCCCUCCGCCCGAUGCUGCUGUCGGCCGACGCCGGCAUCCAGGUCAACGCGGCGGCGGCGAUGGUCAACCUGUCGCUGGAGCCGGAGAACAAGGUGCAGAUCGUGCGGUCCGGGGCGGUGUCGCCGCUGGUGGACGUGCUCCGCGGCGGCCACCCGGAGGCGCGCGACCACGCCGCCGGCGCGAUGUACAGCCUCGCCGUGGAGGACGAGAACCGCGCCGCCAUCGGCGUGCUCGGCGCGAUCCCGCCGCUUCUGGAGCUGUUCGCGAGCGCCGGAGGCGCGGUGGGCUACCGCGCGCGGCGCGAGGCCGGGAUGGCGCUGUACCACGUCUCCCUCUACGGGAUGAACCGCUCCAAGAUCGCGCGCGCGCCGGGCGCCGUACGGACGCUGCUCGCCGUGGCGGAAGCGCGGGACCGCGCGAACGAGGCCGACGCCACCGCCCUGCGGAGGCUGGCCAUGAUGAUCCUGGCGAACCUGGCGGGAUGCCCCGACGGGCGCGAGGCCCUGAUGGACGGCGGCGCGGUGGCCGCGGUCUUCAGGCUGAUGCGCAACGGGUCCGCCGCUCCGGGGAGCGCGGAGGAGGAGUACUGCAUAUCGGCGCUGUACGGCAUGAGCCGGGGCAGCAUGAGGUUCCGCGGGCUCGCGCGCGCGGCCGGCGUCGAGGCCGCACUGCAGCCGGUGUCCGAACGCGAUGGCGGGGUGGGGCGGGACAUGGCGCGGCGCACUCUCCGGGCGAUGCGCGGGGAGGACGACGAGGCGCCGUUCUCGGCCCCCGGCCUGCACGGGAGUCAGUGGAACGGCGUGAGCAUCGUGUCGGAGGGGCUCGUGUCCAUCCGGCGGCCGCCGCCGCACCGGAGCAACUACACCGGGCCGUCCGGGUCAAACACGACGCAGUUCUGAUAAAGUCGAAGUCUUCGUUUCUCUUCACGCUGUUUUGUCCUUUCAGGUGUUGCAUAACUGUAAGUUUGAUUCUUUUGUUUGAAUUGAACUGUAACUUUAUUGAGUUUGUGCAGAUGUUAAUGCUUUAUGACUGAAUUGUUAGGACUGUAACAAAGAUUGGAGAGAGAAAAAAUAUACUCAAGUGUUGUGGGUUUGUGACACCAAAAAUAUCAAA